GGGUGCCGCCUCCGCCCGCCCCCCACGCUGGGUCCCCCCGCCUGAUUUUGCCCUCGCAGAGCCGCCAGCUCGGGAGCGAGUCAUGGUGGGUGCACUGGUGUUGGCGUGGCUGCUCCUAUCGGCCGCGGCCUGCGCGCAGCGGGAGCAGGACUUCUACGACUUCAAGGCGGUCAACAUCCGGGGCAAGUUGGUGUCGCUGGAGAAGUACCGCGGUUCGGUGUCCCUGGUAGUGAAUGUGGCUAGCGAGUGUGGCUUCACAGACCAGCACUACAGAGCCUUGCAGCAGCUGCAGCGGGACCUGGGGCCCCAUCACUUCAAUGUGCUUGCCUUCCCCUGCAACCAGUUUGGCCAGCAGGAGCCCGAUAGCAACAAGGAGAUCGAGAGCUUCGCCCGCCGCACCUAUGGUGUCUCUUUCCCCAUGUUUAGCAAGGUCGCAGUUACUGGCACUGGUGCCCACCCUGCCUUCAAGUACCUGAUCCAGACUUCUGGGAAGGAGCCCACCUGGAACUUCUGGAAGUACCUAGUGGCCCCAGAUGGAAAGGUAGUAGGGGCUUGGGACCCAACUGUGUCGGUGGAGGAAAUCAGGCCCCAGAUCACAGCACUCGUGAGGAAGCUCAUCCUGAAGAAGCGAGAAGACUUAUAACCACUUUCUCUCCUCUCCCACUGUCCCAUUCCCCCCACCCUACACCUUGGAUGGUGACCAAAGCAAACUCAGUCGUGCUCAAUGGUGCUCGGAGGGAGGGCCUAUGGACUCUCCUUCCUCCACUUUUAUCCCAUGUACCCUAUCCUUCCUAUGAGGGAAAAAUCUGGUAUUUUGUAGUUGAGUCUUAGAACAACCUUUAGGAACUCCUGGCCAGUGAGAGCUCUUGACCAAUGAAUCACCAGCCAAUAAGCACCUCUAGCCCAUGAAAACAUGUGGCAAAUAGAAGUAUAUCAAGCAAUAAUCUGCUGCCUAUUAAGAACUCUAUAAGAUGGGACCAAUUCCUACCUCACAGGGCUGUUGUGAGGAUGAGGAUGAACAACCUAUGAAAGGUGCCUAGGGCAGUGCCAGCUCACUAGGAGCAUUCAAUAAAUGUCUUUUGCAUAUGAACCAAAAAAUAACUUGUAAUCAAUAAAAACUUGCACCCAACAUGAAUUUCCAGCCAUUGAGAAUCCAGGCCAAAGAUUUAUUGGUUGUUGUAGUUGUUUUCCUCUGUAUUAUUUUUUUAAUUGAAAAAGUAAUCCAAAUAGAUUGUAAAAUAAUACAGGAUGAUAAUAAAUAAAAAUGAAAGUAUCUGGGCACCUGGGUGGCUCAGUCCGUUAAGCGUCCAACUUCAGCUCAGGUCAUAGUCUCAUAGUUCGUGAGUUCAAGCCCCACAUCAGGCUCUGUGCUGACAGCUCAGCCUGGAGCCUGCUUCCGUUUCUGUGUCUCCUUCUUUCUCUGCCCCUCCCCUACUCGCACUUUGUCUCUGUCUCUCAAAAAUAAAUAAACAUUUAAAAAGUUUUUUUAAAAAUGAAA